AUGACGAUAGAUACGCCUCGGCCGGCCAGUAACGGCAAUGGCCGUAAUACUCUCGAGGCUGACAUCAUAGCCGCACUCUGGGAGCAAGCACCCUUUCCACGCCUCCCCUCCGAUGCACCCCCUGAGAUCAAGGACCUUGUAAUCGACAUCGAGAACCCCAAGAAGGUCUACACUAUCCACCGUGCGACCCGAAGGCAUGGUAUCCAGCUGCUAGUAGAGAAGUUCAUCGUCCAGUUACGCUAUGGCUGUGGUUGCAAGGAAUGCACGACAUCCACGUGCUUCAGCUGUCGCAAGAGGUUAGCUGGCAAUACCCCCAUCCGACGGUAUAACCCGACCAGCGCAAGGACCUUGGCUAUCUAUCUGGCAACACAAGACAAUCCAGAGGGCCGACUAUGCCCCCAUCUCGAUGCGCCGAGACGACGCAGCGACUCGCUCAAGCCGCUCCUAUUCACCCGAAAAGGGGCCAGCCCCCGGGCCGACGCGACUAAGGUGCGCGAGUCUAUGGUGAACAAGCACACCGCCGACCCUGAUUGGAGGUCUAGACACGCUGGUUCACCGCCACCACCACCGCGAAGUGCAACUCGACAGACAAGGCAGAAACGGACUAGAAACCAAGAGGAAACCGAAGAUGGCCAAACGAAGAAGGCCGAGCCACCUAGUCCCGUGCAGAUACGUAUCCGCGAAAAGGCAGUCAGCAAGGAUUACCGCUCGUUUGCUGCCAACGUUUUCGGGACCGUUGCUUUCAAGAUGUUGGAGUGGCUGACACCCAAUAGCAUUGAUGCAAUGUCCAGUACUGUCGACGCUGCUGGCGGUCGUCCUUCCACGCUCACACAUGCAUUUGGGGUGGACACGUCGUCUUCUGAUGAGGAUAGCGAUGAUCUUUUCGUGCCUUCUACAACACCGCGUCACAGCUCGAGCCAUCAGGCUGGCGAAUGCGACGUUGUUAAUGGCACUGGCGAAUAUGUUUUCGAGGCAGUUUCCGCGACGAACGUGAUUGGUGAUGAAUCUCCGAAUGACCGAGAAUCCCCAGUUGUGUCUGAUGCGAUUAAUGGUCAAAGCCGCCCAUCACACUCGAGGAGGAAUUCGAAUGCCAGGAUUCGGACAGCAUCCGGCCCAAGAGCACAGGCUCAACUGGUAGUCGACGCGUUGAGCGACCCCAUUCUAGACGACACAGGGGUCGUAUCACCCAGCGUUCCGACAAGUCAGUCAGAAAAGGUCUCGAAAGCCAUAAGUCGGCCAUCGUCGGUCCUGCGUACCACGUCCCAGUUGUCUAUAAACAAUUUCCUUGAUACAAUACCGGACGAACAACUUCCCAGUCCAGAUUUCCGUGAGUCUCACGUCGACGGCCACUAUCCGCAGAUGGAUGGCGUCAAUGGGGAAGAACUCUCGAGCAGUGAUGGGACUAUGCAGCCAAUAUACACGCCUGAUAAAGUCCCUGGUCCCGGUGCAGCUAGUGACUCACUAGAUUCAACUUCCGAGUUCGAUUGCUACCUUCCACAGUCGCUGUCGCGUCUCAGUCUCCAAGCAGUCAACUUCAUCUGCGAUGUUCUCCAAGAGGAUGCCACCACCGAAAGGCACAUGUUGGAGCCGCCGGUCGUUAGUGGGUCCAUUAAACGGUCGUCGAGUCGGCUCAAAUCGUGGAAAAGAAAACGGAAGACUCAGGCGCCUUAUCCGGAGAACUUGAAGCUUCAAUGGAAACUGUUCGCGGAACAGAGUAUAUUCAACGUCUUGAGCGAUCCGCAAGCCGUGCUGGACUCGUUCACGAACCGCGAUGGUGCCAUCGACUCGCAAACUCUCUGGUACUGCAUGCUGCGCCUGACAAGAGUAGCCCCGAGCCUCGUCUUCGACAGUCUGUGGAUCGCCCUGGCCGGCGUCUAUGCUCCACCAAGAUCAAUCCAGCCUUGGAUAUCGCCAGCCAAAAUCCCUCAGAAGUCAUUCUCCAACGCCGAGGCUGCGUCACUCAUGUCUGUUUGCUUCCACGCGCUGAUCGCUGCGGCUCCUUUGGUAACUGAUCCGCGGCAACUUAAUGACAUGUCUCGCAUCAGGUCCCAUGGACUGUCACUGACUGGCGGUGGGACAAUAGCGAAGCAGCCGACCUCCUUGUGCUUGCAGUACGAAGACGCCCUUACCGAUGACAUGGCCCUUCGGCUGGCAAGAAGACUCCUCACCGCCAUUCCCACGCGGUGUGACUUUGACGAAAUGGUUGACUUUGACCCCCUGCGUGAGGAUAUUGAGGUUGUUUUCGAGUUACCCGUUCUGAGAAUACUUCUCUCUUCUAUUGAGUCCUCGUCACAGUCAGUGUUGAACUUCUCCAAGGCCGAGCGCAGUAUGCAUGAGAAGCGAAUUCCCAUCCUGCUACUAGAUUGGGCAAGAGCCGUAAUGGUUCAUGAGUGGGAGGGCAAGCCUGACGUUUCCGGGGAUGGUCCGUUUGGUGGUGCCCUCUCACUCAUAGAGGCCAUGUACCAAAAGCGCCAGGCACUCCUCCUAGGUGAUGUGCACUUCCGAUCCGAAUAUUUCGGUGACCGGCUUGACCCGAUUGAGAUGCCCGUCUCCUGGCUGUCUUUCACCGGGGAUGACUACAAGUUCCAUCUGCUUGAUUAUCCCUACAUCUUCAAUCCCGCGUCUUUGGUGUCAUAUUUCCGAGCCAUCAAUUUCUCACGGAUGAACCGCGGUUAUGAAGAAUCCAGCUCACUCCAGAGUCGGAUCAAUGCCAUCAUUGCGCCUGAGAGCCUUGUGACGGAAGCCCACCAGAAGAACGUGUUACAGGAUCUUCUCAAAACGCCAUCGGCCAAGUACCUCAUCUUGGAUAUCGGCCGCAAGACCGUGCUUUCGGAUGCCUUCGACCAGCUUUGGAGACGGGAGGAACGUGAGCUCAUGAGACCGCUGAAAGUCCAUCUUGGUGAAGACACUGGAGAGGAAGGCUUCGACUCGGGCGGCGUGCAACAGGAAUUCUUCCGUCUCGCCGUGGCCGACGCUCUCAACCCAGACUAUGGCGCCUUCACUGUCGAUGAAAGGACAAGGAUGACUUGGUUCCAACCGGGUUCCCUUCAACCCGAAUGGAAAUAUGAACUCAUCGGUCUGCUCAUGUCACUAGCUGUCUUCAACGGGCUCACGCUUCCUAUAACGUUCCCGAAAGCCCUCUACCACAAGCUCCUAGGCGAGUCUAUCACGGAACUCCAUCACAUUGCUGAUGGAUGGCCGGAGCUCGCCAGCGGCCUCACCAAUCUCCUUGAAUGGAAUGAGAAGGAUGGUGCUGUCGAGGACGUUUUCGUCCUCACGUACGAGUUUUCCACGUCCAUGUUCGGCCAGCCCGUCUCUCGCCAGAUGGGCCAGUCUCGCGAAUACUCGUGGCCGCAAUUUUCCCCUCGCGCCGACUCGACCCCCUUAUCGGCGGACAACCCGGCAGACGCGCCGCUCGUCACGGGCGACAAUCGCAACGCCUACGUCAGCGACUACAUCCGUUACCUGACUGACGUAUCGAUUGGGCCGCAAUACGAUGCCUUCGCGCGAGGAUUCCGCACCUGCCUGUCCCCCAAGUCACUGCAGCUGCUCACACCCUCACUCCUCCAGUCCAUCGUCGAGGGCACGCAGGAGAUCGACAUAGCUGAGCUGCGGCGGGCGGCGCGCUACGUGGGCUGGGACUCGUCGCACCGUGCGGUGCGCGACUUCUGGGCCGUGGUGCGCAAGUACGACGACCGCAUGCGCCGCCGCCUGCUCGAGUUCGUCACGGCUUCGGACCGCGUCCCCGUCGGCGGCGCGGCCAACAUCCAGUUCGUCAUCCAGAAGAACGGUGAGGAGGAGGGCGAGGGCGGCCACCUGCCCACCGCCUACACGUGCUACGGCACCCUGCUUCUGCCCGAGUACCGCGACCGCGACGUCCUCCGCGAGCGGCUCGCCAUGGCGCUUGAGAACGCGCAGGGGUUUGGGUUUGCGUGA